UGACUUGUUUAGUUGUUUACGAGUUUAACUGUCUGACUAGAACUUUUGUUGAUUAUCUGUAAUUCACGCCGGUUUGUGCUAAUAUUUUUUUUCAAUGUUUGUACAGUUGAACAUCUUGAAAUUUUUUUGAAUAAGAUAUUUUUUUCAAAUUGAGGCACAUAAUUUGGGUAUUGAUUUCACUUCUUUAAUAAGCUCCAAAUUCUAUUUUUUCAACCGUGGCCCUUUUUGGCACAGAACUUUGAGAUUGAUUUCACAUCUUUAUUAACACCAAAGUUCUAUCUUUUCUCCCAAUCUCUUCAACUUACGCACAGAAAGCCUUUUUUACUUCUCCGAAGUAGAUUUUUUGAGGAUAUUAUAUGCUACAAAAACAUUUGUUCCAAUAAGUUUUUGGGACAAAAGUUUUUGGAACAAAUGUCUAUUGGAACGAAAUAUUGUUGAACAUGUAAUACGGUCAUUAUUAAGAAUUUUGAGUUGGUAGCAAUGCAAUCCGAACUAGAACGAAAUUGAACGAAUGAACGAAAGAACGACUUAUUAUUAUUUCACGAUCCGGAUUGUUUCGUUCACCUUCACAGGUUUGACCCGUUAAUUUUGAUCCGUUCGUUCGCGUACGACACAUCUCAAAUGCCUAUAAUGAAAGCUUUAGCUUCCAAUGUGGCUGUUCGUCGCUGGGCAUAUAAUCUUUCUGGUUUCAAUAAAUUUGGGUUACAUCAUGAUGAUGUGUUGCAAGAAAAUGAUGAUGUAAAGGAAGCAUUAAGACGGUUACCAGCACACAAAGUAGAUGAAAGGUCAUUCAGAAUAAUGAGAGCAAUGCAACUUUCUUUACAAAAAAUUGAACUACCGAAAGAACAAUGGACAAAGUUUGAAGAGGACGACCGUUAUUUACAACCAUACCUUGAAGCUGUCAUAAAAGAAAGAGAAGAAAAAGAAUACUGGGAAAAAAAUUACUAUUAGAUUUCAAACUAUGUAACAUUAAAUAUACAAAUAACCCAUAGUCACAAGUAAAUUAUA